CAUCACCAUCGCCCGGACCCAGAUGUUUAUUCUCCUUCCCUGUCCACCGCUCCCACAGCUCCACCCACCGUCAUCACGGCCGAUAUUGUUCGAGAUUGCACUGGAGUCGCCGUGGACCUCUUCUCCGAACUCAGGAGAAGGAGAAUGUCGGAAGUAGUGUUCCAAACCUCCAACGGCCAUGGCAUCCGAGGCCAGCCCGUCAUCUAUAUAAGAGACGAGCCGUCGACCGUCUCCGAUCGUUUCCUCUCUUGCUCAACACACACAGUCUUUGUCAUUCUUUCUCUCGUUCUUUCAUUUGUUUCCUCACUCUUGUCACUCUUUGUCAUAUCAUACCAUUUGCCAACUUCCAGGAUGAAGUACGCUGCUGCUCUCACGGCUGUUGCCGCUCUCGCUGCCCGCGCCGCUGCUGUCGGAGUGUCGGGCACCCCCGAGGGUUUCGCCUCGUCUGCCACUGGCGGUGGUUCUGCCACGGCCGUCUACCCUUCCACCACCGAUGAGCUGGUCUCUUACCUCGGUGAUGACGAGGCCCGUGUCAUUGUCUUGACCAAGACUUUCGACUUCACUGACUCCGAGGGCACCACCACCACCACCGGUUGCGCUCCCUGGGGUACUGCCUCCAACUGCCAGCUGGCCAUCAACCAGGACGACUGGUGCACCAACUACGAGCCCGAUGCUCCCACCAGCUCGGUCACCUACGACAACGCUGGUACCCUCGGUAUCACCGUCAACUCCAACAAGUCCCUGAUCGGAGAGGGCACCUCCGGUGUCAUCAAGGGCAAGGGUCUCCGCAUGGUCAGCGGUGUUUCCAACAUCAUCAUCCAGAACAUUGCUGUCACUGACAUCAACGCCAAGUACGUCUGGGGUGGUGAUGCCAUCACCCUCGAUGACGCUGACUUGGUCUGGAUCGACCACGUCACUACUGCCCGCAUUGGUCGUCAGCACUACGUCCUCGGUACCGAGGCUGACAACCGUGUCUCCAUCACCAACAACUACAUCGACGGCGAAUCUGACUACUCUGCUACCUGCGACGGCCACCACUACUGGAACGUCUACCUCGACGGCUCUUCCGACAAGGUCACCUUCAAGGGCAACUACCUGUACAAGACCUCCGGCCGUGCCCCCAAGGUCCAGGACAACACCUACCUCCACAUCGUCAACAACUACUGGGAGAACAACUCGGGCCACGCUUUCGAGAUCGGCUCCGGUGGCUACGUCCUCGCUGAGGGUAACUACUUCUCCAACGUCGACACUGUCCUCGAGACCGACACCUUCAAGGGUGCCCUCUUCUCCUCCUCCAGCGCUUCCUCCACCUGCGAGUCCUACAUUGGCCGCUCCUGCGUUGCCAACGUCAACGAGGGUGACCUCUCCGGCACCUCCACCACCGCUCUCGAGGCCUUCAACGGCGACACCCUCGCCACUGCUGAUGCCGCUAGCACCAGCCCCGCCUCCAACGCCGGUCAGGGUAACCUGUAAACGGCUUCUCGUUGGAUUAGUCGUCUCGGGGAUAUCUCUUCUGGAACAGACAAGACGAAUCCUGCUGCUGUACAGCGGGAGUGUGUUACUACCAUAGCUUCUAUCUUAG